AAUGCUGACAAGAAGAAGAGUCUGGAAGGUUUAGCUAGCACUCUAAACAGAGCAUGAGCCCAGUCUGAACCGUGUUUUAACUGGUUUGUGUUUGUCACUGUACAGGGGGUAAACAAACUGUGAAGUGCUGUGAAGAUGGUUCAGCUGCACGUGAAGCGUGGGGAUGAAAGCCAAUUUCUUUUCCACACCACUGUGGACUCUCCACUGGAGACUGUGAUCCAGCAGAUUACAGACAUUUACAACGGGAGACUCAAAGUGGAAAGGAUAUGUUCAGAGAUCCCAGAGCUUGCAGACCACGGCAUCACUCUGCCACCCAACAUGCAGGGGCUAACAGACGAUCAGAUUGUGGACCUGAAGCUGAAGGAUGAAUGGGAAGACAAGUGCGUGCCCAGUGGAGGGCCAGUAUUUAAGGAGGAUGAGGUCGGGAGGAGGAAUGGACAUGCUCCAAAUGAUAAAAUGAAAGAGGUUUUGAUGAGAACAGUAGAAGAGGCAAAGGCUCUAGUCUCCAAAAAACAAGUCCAAGCCAACGUUUGUGUCACUCUGGAGAUGAUUAAAGAAGCUCUGGAUCAGCUAAGAGGUGCAGUUAUGAUUGUGUACCCCAUGGGUUUGCCUCCUCAUGACCCUAUAAAGAUGGAGUUUGAGGAGCGGGAAGACCUUACAGGAACACAGGCUUCUCUGCAGGUGAUCACAGAGGACGAGUGCCAGCUCUGGUGGGCUGCCAAGGAGAUGCAGAGGGGGAAAAAACUGCAGGACUAUAUCGGCAAAAAUGAAAAGACUAAGCUUGUGGUGAAAAUCCAAAGGAAAGGACAUGGGGCACCAGCGAGGGAGCCUUUGAUCACUGAUGAGCAGCAGAAACAGAUGAUGAUGCAUCACUACAGGAGGCAGGAGGAGCUCAAGAAACUGGAGGAGGCAGAUGAUGAUAGCCACCUGGAUUCAAAGUGGUCAGACAGACAGGCCCUGAAAAAACAGUUUCAAGGCCUCACAAACAUCAAAUGGGGGCCAAGAUAAGAACACCACCGUCAAUGAGAACUUACACAAGGGGCCUUUUCAGAAUUGUGACAACAGAAUACGCUGAUGUAUUCAUAUGCCUUGUUUCCAGAUAAACAUGCCUAAUUUAUUUCUGAACUGAAAUGUGAAGAAAACAUCUGGACAGAUUAUACAACGGCAAGUUUUACUGAUUUAUUUCAGCUUAAAUCGAACUACUGUAUUCUUUCUGUGACUGUUUUUAAUCUGUUUUUACAAAUCUACAUUUUAGUUGAAGCUGUGCGAACAAAAUGACAUUUAAGUUUGAUCUUAUUCUACUGUUCUGUUUUUAUUGUGUCAAAUAUAAAAGUAUAAAACAAAUCUGAU